CUUUAAAUUCAUUUCAAUAACAUACUUGUUUCAAAGGAUGUGUUUCAAUAUUUUUGUAAUUCGUCACCUGUAGGAAUGAAGAUGUAACCAGUCAACUCAAAGGAAUUAAACGAAAACUGCCAUCGUGUCAAACUCAGAAACUUGUAUUGUUCUCAAUCUGAAGUUUAGGAGGAAGAGGAGCAGUAACCGAGCUGUUAUCAAUCGAGACUUGGCUUGAUGAAAGGAAAAACCGCGAGACGCGCGCGCUUCCUCUCACAGAUCAUGGGCACCAUGCGCUCCUCGCGGUGUGCGUAAGCUGCUGUGGAGGAUCCAAACAGUAUGAGACGCCAUGGCAUGGUGUGACCGAGGGGUUCAGACUCUGCUGGCCAUCGUGGGGGCCUUUGCCGCCUUCAGUCUCAUGACCAUCGCCAUCGGCACCGACUACUGGCUUUACUCUCGGGCGUACAUCUGCAACACCACAAAUGCCACCGAUGAUUCCCAGGUGCAAAUCAAGAAAGUGAAAGGCGACCUGACGCACUCCGGGCUGUGGAGGAUCUGCUGUAUUGAAGGUAUCAACAAAGGAAGCUGUUUUCGGAUCAAUCAUUUUCCAGAGGAUAACGACUACGAUACAGACAGCUCCGAGUACAUCUUACGUAUAGUUCGUGCAUCGAGCCUUUUCCCCAUUCUGAGCAACGUUCUGCUGAUGUUGGGGGGCCUGUGUGUCGGGUUCGGACGCUUCUACAACAACAAGAACAACAUCCUGCUCAGUGCUGGCAUCCUGUUUGUGGCUGCAGGCCUGAGUAAUAUCAUCGGCAUCAUCGUCUACAUCUCCAGCAACGCCGGAGACCCGAGUGACAAGAAAGACGAGGAUAAGAAAAACCACUACAACUAUGGCUGGUCCUUUUACUUCGGCGCCCUCUCCUUCAUCGUGGCUGAAUCAGUGGGUGUCCUCGCUGUCAACAUAUUCAUCGAGAAAAACAAAGAGACGCGCUUCAGAGCCGUACGCAACUUCAUUAAAGCCACUUCCUCUUCUUCACCAUACUCUCGCAUUCCAAGUUACCGCUAUCGACGAAGGCGCUCGCGAUCCAGUUCGAGUGACCCGUCCCGCGAGCCCUCUCCAGUGGGGAUGAAGAUCGGGGGAGCAUGCGGAGGAGAGUUAGGGAUGGGUCUGCCGAUGGGGGACAUAUCCCUGUACUCCCGAGGUAGGGACACUCUGAAGGGAGCGACCGCUGGGCCCUACAGUCCUGAGAGGGACUCUAGAUUUUUACAAGUCCACAACUGCUUCCAGAAAGAUCAGAAAGAUGGAGGAAACAGAAGGACCACGCCGGUAUGAGGUUAGGAGUGUUCAUUGGAGUGUCAAACAUAAGGGUUUGAUGGAACACAUUGUACAUUGAUGAGAUAGGAAGACAAUUCCUCCCCGGUCCGGACAGAAAACUGUUUUUUAUUUUCCUUCUGGAGAACAAUUCCUGUGUUUCAUUUAGAGAACGAGGAUAUAACUGUUUUUACUCUAUAUUUCAGUGUCUACAAACUGGAUGCAAACAAUUGAAGUGUUUAUUUCUAAAAUGUGAAAUCUGCUAUGUUGAAGCAACUUACUCCUAUUACAGAAAGGACAAACAUUUCGUAACUGUCAUUAUUUAAGGAUAAGGACCACCUAAAUAAAUUAGUGCUAAAAUUGACAUUUUGUUCCAAUUUAUUUCAAUUUAAUGAAAGGGUAAAACAUUCACUUCAGGUUGUGGAUGUGUGACCAGGCCCUCGAGUUUAUACAGACUUGAUGCUCAAUAUGAUAUAGAUUCUGAAUAUUGAACUUCAUGUUAUUAUUUUUUCUGCUAAAAUAGCUGUAUAGUCUUUUGGAAAUUGACUUAUUUCUUAUAUUCCAAGACAAACAGAUGUUUUUCUCCAAAAUUGUUUGUUCAAUUUAAGUGAUUAUUGUGAUCCUUUGACUAUUAUUGUAUUAUAUUUGUUUGUAAAUCAACACAACUGGUGCUAACUUAAUCUGUACACCUUUGUUAGCCUUUUCAACUUCCAUUUAAAUAAUUAUACUGUAUCUCAAUAACCUCUCUGAAGCUUGUGCGUGAGUGUAUGUGAAAUGUAUGUUAUGGCUCUGAGACACUGCCACACUAUGACAAAAAUGGAUUUAUGUAGAUAUCAACUAAAUGAACAUGGCACACAGUAAUGUCAGUACAUUCCAGUAUGAUGUGUUAUGUGUUAGUGUGAACAUGAAUUGUGCUGACUGUGUAGUUUCUCUCCAUUCACUCAGGGACAUUGUAUGGAACAAAUCAAUCUUGCUUUCAGAGAUGUAGAGAUUAUCACGAGACAGAACAAAUGUCUUUGAGUAGUUUUGUUUUUCAUACCUUAGCCUGUGUGUAAAAACAGAGGUGAGAUCGCACUGUACGUGUUGCUGUAAAUUAACAUGACACUUGUUCCUGCAAUUACUGCCUUUGUGUUCAGAGGGUUUUUCAUCCAUAUUUAGCUAAUGCAAAAUCAUAUUUAAAGUAUUUCUGUACUGUUCUGCCCCGUGUCAAUAAGAAAUGUUCGGUAAAAGUAUAACUCCCAAGAAUCUUUUUUAAUGUGACUUGACACCUUAUUCAGCUUGACGGGCAUUGAAAAAAAAACUGCUACAUGUGUUUUCAAACAAGAAUAUGAUGAAAUCACAAAAUAACGAAUAAGUGUCCUGUUCCAGGAUACAUGAGACCAAAUCUGCGUGAAACAUAACAUGGUUUUAAUGGGUUUAUUUAAUCCAGUAAGUUCUUUUUAAAGUUAAGUGUCCUAUUAACAGAUUGAGCCGUGUUUGAUUGAUACUGGGGUUUUGUAUUUCCAACUAAGCAAUAUGAUUUUCACAAACACAGUUGAUGCAAUUAAAGCAAAUAGUCACGAGUAUUGU